UCACUUAAAACGUCUCAUAAUAUUCGACAACACAGUGACCGAGAACGUUUGUUGAUAGCUCACCACAAAAACACGUUGAUAUUCUAAAAAUUGUUAACUGAGUAGACAACGUUACGACGACGAUGGCGAUGCUGGGUCACAUUAGUAGUCACGUCUCUUCUGACUCAUCGCUGCUACUAAUGUCGCUGCUGCUGCUGCUACCUCUAACGUAUGGCGAGAACAUCAGUGUGCUCGACAUGGAAGAACAAAAUAACCAGCUUACGGACGAACUUCCGGUAACGUACCGACAAAAUGUAGAGUUGUUGGAUACCGUGCUGGCUCUUGACAAAAAUUGGUCACCUAUCUGGAGCGAAAAGCUCAAGCCAAACGUAGUAACGCAAGCCAAUCUGGUCAAACAGUUCUGCCCACCACUGUCAGAUUUUGGAGAUACGGUAAAUACGCUCCAUGUCAUCAAGUCGGUAAAGGAACACUGCUCGUAUUCGGGCAUGUACGUGUCAUUUGCCGUUAAGUUGCUAAGUCAUUCGGUUCAAUGUAUGUUCAACAGACAUACCAUAGCGCAAUUGACCGCAAUAUCACGCAUAAACAAUGAUUCGCCGAUAAACGAGUUUGACAAGCACCUAGAACACCUGGUGAGCGACUAUCAUUUGAUCGCUGACCGGCUGGCGCUCGUCGGUGUGGAUCUCACCAACCUGAUUAAGUUGGCCAAGUUCUAUGAUAGCACCAGAAAACAGUUGGUUCAGUACGUCAAACCGAAAACUGUAAUCGGCAAAGAGAACAAAUCAACGUUCAUAAAACGCAUUUCCAGGGACGUCACCAGUAUGAUUGACCUACUGGAAACCGAAUUAGAGACAUAUUGCGCUGUGUCAUCAACCAAUUGGUACGACUUGGAAAAUCAAAAGUCCAUGAGUCUCAACGUGGAAACUACCGAUGGCGACGAGGGCAAUCCAUCGUCGUCCACUCAACCAGAUGGCGAUAUUCCAAAAGACAAAAUAGUUAAGAAAGCCAACCAGUUGCGAUUGAUAUUGCGCAAUGUAUUCGACAACCUACUCCUCGAGAAAAUGCCAUUGGAAGUUUGGAGUCUGAUAUUCGAAAACAACAUACUCAUAAAACCGAUUCCACCGAAAGAAAAAAGUUUUAAAUUAUUUUAAUAAAAUAUUUAAAAUCUUUUAACAAUAUUUUUAAAGGAUUAUAAUUAUU